CUAUGACAUCCCUGAGGAACGGGUCCGUGCAUCCCACCCCAUGGGGAGCACCACCACUAACCCCCAUAGGGCAUCCCAUGGGAUGCAUGGACCACACUGACUCAGUGCCCUGCCUUCCAGGGCUGACCUUGACAUGUGGGAGAUGGUCCUGACCAUAUCCAAGACUUCGGAGGCCCUACGGGAGCUGCUGGGGAUGCUCCAGGACACCCGGGACACCUCCAUUCCCAACUUGCUUGUGAGUCCCAAAGGGCCCUGAUGAGUCCCAUGAGCCCUGCAGGCUCGGUGGGGUCUCAAUACCUGUGUUUGCCUUUAGCCCAUGGCCUCCGGUGCUGGUGGUGCUGAGGGAGCUGAGGACCCCCAGAGCCUGGUGACAGCGUCCGUGCUGCUGCAAAGGCUCUUGGAGCUGUCGAAGAAUCCUGGCUUGGCAAGGAAACUGCAGCAACUCCUGCCCCACAUCAUGGGCGGGCUCCGCGAUGCUGAGGACAAGCUCAGGAUAAAGGCCCUGAUGAUCGUAUCAAAGGUGAUGCGUCAACUCGAGGAUGAGGAGGCCAGCCCCAUUGCCGUGGGGCUGGUGCAGGACCUCCGGCCCCUCUUCGAUGGAGGAUGCAGCCGGCUCCGGGAGCUCUCCAUCCGCCUGCUCCGGUUCCUGCUGGAGUCGGUGCUUGGCAGCGACAGGAAGAGGAUGCAGAGUGAGACCUGGGAUCUGCUGCUCCCGCUCUUCUUCCACAUGAGCGACCAAUGCCCCAGCGUGGCCAAGGAAUGUCCGGAGCUCCUUGAUGGUUGA